ACCAGUAAUAGGUGGGGCCAGAGAGAAGGCGGCAGAGAGGGGCUGGGCCGGAUGGGUGGGCGGAGUCUCGAAGGUGUGUAAACUAGACAGCUGAGGAGGGACCGAGAGCAGGACAGCCUGGGGCGCCGGGUCUCAGCCCUAGAGGGGUCGGUCGCCUCAGCAGCCAACCAUCCACACGUUGCUGCGUCUCGUGCGCUCCUGCCCGACCCUGCGGUCCCCAGCUUCGGGCCGCCCUGCCUCUUUUGCAAACCCUGGCAGGGUAUCAUCCAGCAUAUCCGGGAGGAAGCAAGUCGGGGAGCCUUCAAGGAGGAGGUGGCACAUCUGAUAAGAAACUUUUAAAGAGGAAGGGAGAGGUACAGGGAAGGCAUGACAGCUCAGGAACCCUCACGGUCCGGAGUGCGAAAUAGAUGUGGGAAUGUUGGCAGGGCUCCCAGGUUUACUUGCCACCUGCCUCUCUGCACACGGUGUGCACAGACGCGCAAGGAAAGUGGACACUGGCCCCGGCUCAGGCCUGCCCAUGCCUCCCCACCCUGGGGCCGACUCUGUCAGGCUUCCAGUUGGGACUCAUGGGCCACGGCCUGCCCCUCUGUCUGCAGCUUUUCCUGGAUGACUCCAAAAUGAAGAACUUCAUCACCUGCUUCAAAGACUCACAGUUCCUGGUCACCUUCUUCUCCCGCCUGAGACCCAACCGCAGCGGUCGCUACGAGGCCUCUUUCCCCUUCCUCUCGCUCUGCGGCAAGGAGCGCAAUUUCCUGCGCUGCGAAGACCGGCCCGUGGUCUUCACGCACCUGCUGGCCUCGGGCCCCGGGACCCAGCGUCUCUCCUAUUGCGGCGGCGGUGAGGCCUUGGCCGUGCCCUUCGAGCCGGCGCGUCUGCUGCCGCUGGCCGCCAACGGGCGACUCUACCACCCCGCGCCAGAGCGGGCGGGCGGCGUGGGCCUGGUGCGCUCGGCCCUAGCCUUCGAGCUUAGCGCCUGCUUCGAGUACCCGCCCGGCGCACCCGCGCUGCCCUCACACGUGCGCUGGCAAGGUCGCCGCCUCGCCCUCACCAUGGACCUGGCCCCGCUGCUGCUCGCCGCCUCGCGGCCCUGAGCCGCAGGCUGGCAGGACGGCCGGCGGCCGCAGGUGCCCCUGGCGCCACCAAGGACCCGCCUCCCUCUCCCCUCAUCCCCUCUGUCCAGGCCGCUCAUCGCUGCGCACGCGCCACCCAAAGAGCGCGCCGGCCGAAUGCGCGUGCGCGGCAGAGGUGCACCGCGGCCCCGUAGUGCUGGCGCUGUCCGAGGUGCUGCCGUGGCCUCUAACGCGAGGAGGGGCGGGGUCGCGGGCCCUUCUACUUCUGCCCCCUCCCCCCAACACCUCGGGCCCGGGGCGUCCUUAGGUUCCGCCCUCGCUCACAGAGCAGGCCCUGGCGGUGCGGCUGGAGGCGCGAGGGCUUCAGUACGCGUGCGCGAGUGGCGCCCGCCCCUCCCCCUCCCGGCACUGCUCGGUGGGCCUGGGCGCCGCGGGCUCAGCGGGGGAGCCGCGCCGCGGGAGCGUCAGGUGAGAGGGCACCCGACCCGAGGUCAUUGGGCAUGGGGGCGGGAUCGGGGGCCUUCCCGACUCUGUCCCCAACGCGCAUCGAGAAGGGGAGGCGACCUGGCAGGGACCACGCCCUGCCCUGAACUGGCCCGGGACAGAGCUACGCUGGAGGGGGUGCAGGUGACACCGUGGGGGAUCGAGGCCCGCGACUUGGGCUUCGCACUGCGCCCGAGGGGGUCGCAGGGCUUCCCCGCCCCUCCAGUCCCCGCACAGAUAGGCGCCCUGGAGACGGUGACAGCCAUCGCAGAAUCCUGUGUGUGACGCCCCGCCCCCUGCCCAACCGGAUUAGAGGGCUGUCCGCUGGGUAGAAGGAUUUCUGGGUCGGCCUCCUCCGCUCUUCCCUCCUGGGCCCUCAUCCCUGCCCAGACCGGCCCUUUUAUUCCAAUCAGCGUCUAGGGGGUGUCCCUGUGAACAGUGCCUUGAAUCCUGAGGAGGAAGCCAAGAAGCCCCUCUACUUAAGAGGACUGGCUGCUGGAGGCUGAUUGGGCGAGGCUUGAACCAGGCUGUAUGCUCAGGAAAUGGAGCACAGAGUAUGCCUUCAGGCUCUUGGGGUUCACACACAUCCUGAGACACCUGGGAACUGCCUCUGCCUGGGCCAAAGCUAUUGCAUUAAAACUUUUGCUGUGCCUACCUUA